AUGAGCACAGACGUACCAAGCUCCGUUCCCUCUGGGGAACCUAGCCGGAAAGGAUCCGUCAAGCGUGCCAGACAAAUGCUGGAUGCCGGCGUGCGUCAAGAACAAGCCUCGCCACCCCAGCAGAUGAGACAACCUCAGGUUCCCAGGGAUAUCUCUCAUCAACCGCAAUGGCCUCUUCCUGAUUCGGGUCUCCCGCCGCACCCGAUCAAUCAACAUCCUAGGUAUAUGAUUCCGCGUGGUCCUCCACCUCUGAGGCCAUUUCAUCCGAGUGAGCUCCCUUCGCCAUCCAUUUACUCGGAACGGGAUGGCCCAGUCUCAGAAAGGAGCUCGAGCCCAAGCCAAAGGCCUCCUCGUUCCUUCUCACAACUUCAGCCGCCUCCGCUAGCGCAGUCGCGCCGGCCGAUGAACGAUGUCCCUGCCAGUCCAGCCAGUCCAACGAGCACAAUUGACAUGACUCCUCGAAUAUCGAUUGCAACGGAUGAUUUGUUCAGACAAUCUGUAGCUUCGUCGACACCCUCUGUUCCCGAUGUGCCCCAGUUUCCACCUACGUUUCUGUUAUCCGAGUCCGGUCUUCCCCAGGAUGACCCUAGGCACCGGACAGCAGGUCUUGUAGCACCACUCAAUAUGCGACAGCCUGGCCUGGCUCCUCAAUCAUCUGUUCCGCCUAUUCCAGAAGAGUUCGCCGAUCCUCGCUUAACAAAAUGCUCCGUCGCAUCGAGCCGAGCCAUCCCCUUGAGUUGGGGAUCCGGUCCCGCCGAGUCCGAGAUUCUAGGAGCAUAUCUUGACAUAGAUUCAGACGAUGGCCAGCGCUCACCAGGCUUCCAAGAGGACGAUACGAGACUUGUCCGAAAUGCUAGUAUUGGAAAGCGAGGAAAGCCGACGAUGCGUACCAUCCUCAGGUCAAACCCUGUUUCCGUUGUAGACAUGCCAACACCCACCGAGGAGGAGUCAUCCCCCAAGGAGACGGCAGUACGAUCUAUCGGGAUGGGAGGUCUUGCAGGCCAGGUGCCCCGUAUACCAAGCCAAUUACGAAAUUCGUCUACUACAGCAUCCAGUGAAUCAGUGAAAGGCGUGGACCCGGAAAAGCCACCCUUUGCCCCGCAUUAUGACUCGCCCUCCGAUGCACGCCUCGAAAAAGAGCUCGAGGCCUUCGGGGCGCUGCCUACUGCUGCACCAACAAUGAGCGACAAAAGACCUGGCGGUCACAAGCCUCCUGCUUUGAAUAUGCAUGCGUUGCGGGAUGCAGAGGCUCGUGGGAGCCUUUCCAGUCUAUCUGAUUUGAUUAAGAGGGCGACAAAGCUCGCAUCGAACCUGGAUCAUGGCAGAACCGCCAGCAGGGCUAAUAAUCUGGCUGGUGGUGAUGAGGCAGGGUACAGGGUCGGGAUGGGACACCGACCACGCAAAUCUGGCUCUCUAUCGGAUAUGCUCGCCUCAUUCCCUCCUCCGGGUUUGGCGACACCUGAAAAUCGCGGAUCACGCACAUCAUGGCCUUUCUUUGGACGCUCUAAUUUACGUAAUGUUGAGCAGCUUCACUCCAAUGAAGACGACCCAAAUGCUCCUCCACGCAGAAAGAUGUGCUGCGGAAUGCCUCGGAAGAUCUUCGUGAUCAUCUGCAUUGCAAUCUUCAUCAUCGUUGUGCUCGCGAUUCUUCUUCCUGUGUUCCUUGUCGCCGUGCCCCGUGAGAAAGCGGGCUCGUCCUGUGCUGAAAAGCACCCUUGUGAGAAUGGAGGCGUGAGCGUCUCAGCCGGUACCCAAUGCUCGUGUGUUUGCUCGAACAGUUAUACCGGCUCACAAUGCAAUAUUGCGGGUGACAGUAGCUGCACCACCGCUCUGGUAAAUAACGGAUCGAACGCGACAAUGGGCAGUUCACUCCCUAUUCUAUUCGAGGAAUCCAAGGAGAAAUUCAAUAUCACCCUCGACUCAGUCACAAUCAUGGCUCUCUUCAGCAUCAACAACGUCUCCUGCACGACCGAAAACGAGCUUGUGGCUUUCAGCGAAGUCACAAGUGACAAUACAAGCAAGACCCGUCGAUCUGUGCAGUUGAUAGACGAUUCGACUCCAUCCCUCUCAGAAACCGACCCAACACCAGUCCUAGCUGUCCGUUCCGAGGCCACUUUGAACGGUAUCCUAUACGAUGACUCGGAAUCGAGUAAGUCAUCUACGACCACGUCGACACCCACCCAAACCGAGUCAGCCACGACCGCCACCGCUACCAAGAUCAGCGUGCAAUCUACUGCCGUCGAGCAAAGUACAUCCACGUCCACAUCUACUGUCACCAGCGUUCCAGAAAACGUUAUUGGGUUUUCUCGGGUUGCAGUGUUGUAUAUUCUGCAGAAGACAGGCUCGCUUGACACGGCUCUGGCCUCGGAGGAGGAUAUCCAAGGAUACCUGGUCGAUUCCUAUGCGAACGCGACUCAGCCGGCCAUGAAGGUGGGGGAGUUUAAGGUGGACUUUGAGAAGUUGACUAUAACGCUUCCCAAUAGCACGGUGAAGGCGCAGUGA